UGUGUGUGUGUGCCGACAACAACAAACGGAACAGCUGUAACAGGAACACGACGGGGUGAAUUUCUCGAAUAUUCUCACACAUCCGUCCACUGACCCGCCACGGGCCGCCCUGGCCGGGCCGGGCCGAGGUCCUGUCCUGCCGCGGCCCCCUGAGGACGCCCUGGGUCGGGAUGCCCGCCACGGGCCGCGGUCCUGUAGGUGUCGCGGGCGCUGCGUCGCCCCGGUCCUCAGGUAUUGCGUCGGAGUGUAAAAAUAUCCGUCCCUUCACGCGUGCUUUCCUCAUCAAUGGCUCAUUAACACCUUCUUAUCGCGCCGCGCUGAGCCGCUAAUUACAGGUGGCGCCCUCAGUCUCAUAGACACCAAAAGCUGCUCAAAAUUACAAGGCGUCGCCGGGGCCACAAUGGCACAACAGCGGCCUGGAAGGGCCUUAUAAGCCCGCCGGCAGCGACAGGUCUCCAUCCGCAGCCAGGCAGCGCCCCACACGGCUCCUCCAGCACAGCAGCCAUGCACCAGGCGAGGAUCACCCUGCGGCGGGGCGUCGCGCUGCUGCUGCCGCUGUGCUCGGCGAGCCUCCUCGCCGCCACGCCGAACCUCGCCGCCACCGGUCAGGCCGCCUUCGUGGGCCGCCAGGGCGCCCUGCAGCAGGACCUGGAGCAGCAACAGCAACAGCAGCAGCAGCAGGUGUCGCCGCUGGUGGUGCCGCAGUGGUGGUGGCUCAGCUCCAUGCUGUCCCUGCCCCAUGGCCACCACGGCCACGCCACCACCACUGCCGCCGCCCUUGCCUCCAGGAAGGGCGCCGCCGACACCGAGGAAGUGGGCGAGGGCGACGCGUCUACGCUGUCCCUGGUGCUGCCCCUGGACGACCUGGCCGCCGGGGACGAGUCUGUGGGGCGCGUGGGCAAGCGCGGCGCAGGGUGCCGCGGGGGCGGCAAGGCGGCGUGCCGGCGUGGGGCGGUGUCCACCGUGUCGAGCUCCGAGGUGCGCGAUAACUGGGACGCCGACUACCUGUCCAUCCCGCAGCAGCUGGUGACCUUUUCGCAGCAGCAGAAGGAGGACGAGGUGUGCAAGGGCCUGUCGGUGCAGCUGUUUGCCGUGGACCUGCGCGAGCACAACCUGGAGCCCAUGUGGGUGCGCGAGACGGUGUACCUGGGCGUGUGCCCCUCCAUGCUGCAGGAGCGGCGCCUGGGCGAGCACGUGUGGCCGUCCAGCGUGGUGGAGGUCAAGUGUCUGUGCCAGCGGGCGUCCUGCUCCAAGAAGGGCGGGGACUUCCGGUGCCAGGCCGUGCGGCGGACCGUCCAGACGUGGGUGCGGCACGGCAGCCAGACCUUCGUGCCCAGCCAGGAGACCGUGUCCGUGGGCUGCGUGUGUGUGCAGCGCACCGGCACCGAGGCCAAUCACGUUAGCCUGCGGGAGCGCUAGGCGGCACGGCGGACAGGAGGCGAGCCUUGGGGGGGCGGCCGUCACCCAGGGCGUCGCAGCCGUCUUCACUCCGCGGCGCAGCUCCCGGCGCGGCGCCGGCAACAGGCUGGAACCGAGACGCCGCGCCGCCAGCCCACGGUGAGGCCUCGCGACACACGGCUAAGGCUGCGGCACCGGGGGUCUGUGUGCUCAGCCGGGCACCUUCACCCAGGGGCCUCCGCCGCCCCCCUCAGCGCCAGGAGCUGCCCGUCACCCGUGUGUUGACCUAAUCACAAUAAAGAUGACAACCA